ACACUAAUCAAGAUUCUAUAUAUACGUCUAACUUUUUCUCUAUAUAUUUCUAACCAUCCUCCCUCCCUCUUCAUCAUAUUUAACUCAUAAUAUGCCUUCAGUUUACUCCACCCCGUUUCAGAAAAUGGAAAACGCAUCCCUAUUAUCAUUGCUACAAAACACCACUCGUAGCGGAAAACCCUCCAAGACAGGUGGAGGGAUCUUUCGUAUGUUCAAGCUUCUUCCCAUGUUGACCUCCGGUUGCAAGAUGGUGGCACUGCUAGGGAAGCCACGGAAGCUACUAACAGAUAAGGCCACCACUGGGACGUUAUUUGGCUACAGGAGAGGGCGAGUCAGUUUGGCCAUUCAAGAGGAUCCACAUCGCCUCCCAGUGUUUGUCAUUGAGCUCCCAAUGCACUCGGUUGCAUUCCAGAAGGAAAUGGCUUCAGAUAUGGUGAGGUUAUCUCUUGAAAGUGAGACCACAAGUCGCAAGAAGAAGGUGUUGGAGGAAUUUGUGUGGGCAGUUUAUUGUAACGGGAGGAAAUAUGGAUAUUCAAUAAGGAGGACACAGAUGACGGAUGAUGAGCUCCAUGUUAUGCAAUCCUUAAGGGGUGUAUCCAUGGGUGCUGGAGUUCUUCCGGGCUUGUCGGAAAAAGAUUAUGCGGUUGAUGGAGAGUUGACGUAUAUGAGGGCAAGGUUUGAAAGAGUGGCUGGAAGCAAGGAUUCUGAAGCUUUUCAUAUGAUUAAUCCUGAUGGUGCUGACGAUGGCCAGGAAUUAAGCAUUUUCUUUGUAAGAGUACACUGAAAACAUUAAACAUACAAUAAAAUAAAAAGCGAAUUUAUAAAUAUAUAUAGAAACUGGUCAAUUUGAUUUGCGAACA